AUGUCCGUGGCUAUAGCCUCCUCCACCACCCUCCACGCGCUCGAGGACGCGUCCCAGCCCACCUCUAGAGCUUCCUCCCCGUCCUCACCCGCGGCCAGCCACUUUCAGGUUCCCCGGAUCGCCAAUCUGAAUGGGUCGCUCGUCAACGGUCUUUCAAACUCACACUCGAGCCACAUGCUGGAUCCACCGCCUGGGAUGUCCUAUGCCGAGUUCCUACGCGCGUGGACCGACGCGCACGUUGCCUUGUGGCUCGCGGACAUCAAGUGCGCCCAUCACUCCGCAACCUUCAAAGCAAACGACAUUCGAGGAGAUGUGCUGCUGGAGCUUGACCAGAUGACGCUCAAGGAGAUGGGCAUGACGAGCGUUGGGGAUCGAUUGCGGGUGGUGAAUGCGGUGAAGCAGCUCCGGCAGAAGUGCUCCUCGAACCCAGCACUGUCCUCCAUCGCAAAUCGUCCUCGAGGUGCGGACCACAAUCGGACCUCCAGUCUCUCCAGUGAUCACGGCGGAUCUUCUCGCGCUGCGCGUCGUCUCGAGUCUGGUCGCCCUGCACCCUUGCACCUCCCACCAAAUGGAGGCUCUCCCGACCUCCCCCGUCUCGUUCGUGAUGGACAGGACUCCGCGCGUAUCAACGCUGCAAUGCGCCCCCUCCCGGUCCAACCGAACAGCGCGUCCCAGCACGGCACUCCCACCACUGCCCACAGCCGAUCGAACCUUCCCCCGCUGCCGCCUCCCCCGCGCGGGCAGCCACCCCUGCCGCCUAUUGCCCGGACACCUCGCAACCUCUUCCAGCCCGGCACCCCGGGCCCAUCCGGACGAGGCACCCCCACGCUCGAUGUGCCCCCGUCGCUUCCCCAAGCGGGCCUGCUCACGCCCUCGCAGGCGCAAGGCGGUUGGUCGUAUGGGUUGCCGUCAGAUCCUCGGCAAGGGAACAACCUCCGAACCCCGAGUCGAUCAACUUCCCCCCUUCCGUUCCCGCCCACGCAGCCCCCAGUACGCGGCGCGAGUCGCGUCGCCACCGAACAGCUCCUCGGACACUCGCGCAGCAGCUCGCAAUCGGCCACCGCGGCGCUCUCCUCCGACAAAGACAAGCCGCUACCGCGUCUGGGUGGUCUGCCCCAGCGCCAGAACACACACCCGUACGCUUCGCCGCUGCAACAUGGUCUAUCACCCAUAGCGGAGUCCUUCACGUCGGGGCGCGGCGCCGGCUCGGCGAACCCGGCUUUCCGCGGCACGAACACACCAUAUCGUCCAGGCACACCUUCGCACAACCCGUCCCUGGACGACCUGCGCAGGAAGCUCAUCAAGUUCAUGCUGCCGGACGAGAUGAAGACGACGACGCUCAACGUCGCAGACUGCAGCAACGGCCUCGAGGUGCUCAUCAAGGCGCUCAAGAAGUUUGGCAAGGUCGGUCAGGACGGCCCGUACUCGAUUGUCGCGGAAGACGGUGGAUUGAGCGUGGACGGAUGGUGGGCUUCGCUGCAGUGGAACCAGGGUGAAGGUAACGAAGUCAAAGCAGUCCCGCGCUUUCAAUUUCCCCUGAUGUAUUCUGUCACAGACGGGGCUCUGAGCGAGGAAGAAAUUUAUGCCAUCAUUCAGACGUCUCCCGACGACCCGGUGCGCGAGCGCGGGUUAACGCUGCACAACGAACAGCGCGUAAGGCGUGGGCUUACACCUCCCACGCCUUCGGUCGACGACGGAGAAGACGCACUGGACAGAGCCCUCGCGGCUGAGCCGCCUAUGAUGACCAAAGCCAUGAAACGCGCCAGCUCUGUGAGCAUCCUCAGCGGCCUCGGCGUACGCAUUCCGGACGUCGCACCAGAGACUCCCGCAUCGCCAUCGUCAGCGAGCCCGACCAAAUCCAAGGGCAAGCACUCAUCCAAGCUCCGCAACUUCUUCGGUCAACGCCCGCCGAGCGAGCUGAUCACCAACCACCUCGCCGAGUACUUCCCCAACACGGAGAAGAAGGUGCUCGAGCGCACUCGCAGACAGAGCAUGAUGCGCCAGAGCGGCGUCCCCGGCCGGCGCGACAGCAUCAUCUCCUUCUCGAUGCCGCCCUCACGGUUCAGUGUGAGCACGUUGGAUUCCGCACGCGCCUCCCGCCGGAUGUCGAUGGCGUCAAGCAUGUCCUCCACCGCCGUCGAGCACCUCUCCGUCCAGGACUCGGAUCUUCCGCCCCUCCCCCCACCCCCGACGGUCGCGUUCGACCCUCCGCGACUGUCGCUCUCGACUGACGACGGGCAUUCCGUCGACCUCUCGACAGAGGACCUCUCGCCCGAGCAAUCGGACCCGCGACUGCUCCCGCCGGUGAUGUUCCCGACGACGAGCCUGUCGGAGCAGCUGAACCUGGGCGGUGAGAGCGGUUCGCGGGCAUCGCGGCGGAUGUCGACCGCGUCGAAGCGGCAGAGCUACAUCACGGAGCUCCGCAGCAAGCGCGACCGGUCGGAUACGGCGAGCUUGAUGACCGUCGACGAGAUCACGGCGGAGGUGGAGAGUAGACAGGAGAAGGCGUCAGACUCGGAUGAGUGGACCAAGGUGGAUGUGGGAGACGAUCGCAGUGUGCGCGAAGAGGAGGAAGAAGAGGAUGAAGAAGAGGAGGAGGAUGAGGAUGAGGAUGAGGAUGGUGGAGAGGAUGAGACGCUGGCAGACGAGGGUGAACCUGGCAAGACUAUUAUGUCUCGAGGCGAGAAGACCAUCAAAUGGAUCAAGGGCGCUCUAAUCGGCGCAGGGUCCUUCGGAAAGGUGUAUCUCGGCAUGGACGCUGCCACCGGUCUGCUUAUGGCUGUGAAGCAAGUCGAGCUUCCUACCGGCUCGGCGCCCAACGAAGAGCGGAAACAGUCUAUGCUCGAAGCGCUCGAGCGCGAGAUUGAGCUACUCCGUGAUCUGCAACACGAGAACAUUGUUCAAUAUCACUCAUCAUGCAUCGACGAAGGCCAUCUUAAUAUUUUCCUGGAAUACGUCCCCGGUGGUUCCGUGACCUCUCUUCUUCGUAAUUAUGGCGCUUUCGAGGAGCCGCUCGUGCGCAACUGGGUCCGCCAGAUCCUGCUUGGUCUCAACUACCUACAUGAGCGCGACAUUAUUCACCGCGACAUUAAGGGCGCGAAUAUGCUCGUUGACAACAAGGGCGGUAUCAAGAUCUCCGACUUCGGUAUCUCCAAGAAAGUCGAAGACAACCUGAUGACCGGAAACCGUGCGCAUCGGCCGUCCCUCCAGGGUUCCGUGUUCUGGAUGGCACCCGAGGUUGUCAAGCAGACCGCGUACACUUUCAAGGCCGACAUCUGGAGUGUGGGUUGUCUCGUCGUCGAGAUGCUCACUGGGGAGCACCCAUGGCCACAGCUCUCCCAGAUGCAGGCGAUCUUCAAGGUCGGAUCUGCCAAGGCCAAACCUACCAUCCCCGCCGACAUCUCUCCCGAGGCUGUCGACUUCCUGGAGCAGACCUUCGAGCUCGACCACGAGCUUCGUCCGUCUGCCGCGAACCUGCUCAAGCAUGCAUGGAUUGCGAACCUCCCAGGACCAUUCGGUCAGUAG